AUGGUUUGGAAUUGGAAAGAGAAGUGCAAUGAUCUUGUGGGUUUCUGUAGGUACCAAACCAAAAGAGACCAGCCAGAGCAUCUCCAGAAGGAAAUAGACAGACUGAGCUCUGAAUUGCAGGCUGAAAAGGAGCUCCAUAUGAGGGAGAUGCAGCUCUUGAAGGAGAAACUCUGCAAAUCAGAGCUGUUGGUGCAGCAACUGUACAAAGAGAUUGCGAGGCUGGAGAAGUCACAGCCUGGGAGACCUGCCCAAGGCCUCCGAGCACCACAGGAAACAGAGGCCAGUGUGAAGCAGGGUGAUACGCCAGAAACGGAGAGUUUCGAGCUUUGGUCAGAGACAGGAAACAACAACGUAGUGGCAGAGCCUAGUAACAUGAUGCUGCGGAGGAUCCCCAAGCACAUGAGCUUCCUGGAUUCAUUCUUCAAGGAUAGAGAUCCAGCAACACUUCAGAUGGAAAAGGACGACGGAAGAACCCAGAUAUCAGAAGUAGUUCAAGCAGAAUUCAACCUCUACGGCACGUCCUCUACAGAGUCAGAGGGCAGAUGGAAAAUAAAUGAUCUUAACAACUUCAGUUCAAGUCAAGAGCUGGCUAGUUUACCUGCGAGAAAGGAGAGGAAACUACCAUCAGAAAGUUCUUGGUGGGAGGCGAUCUCUUCUCCAAAAUCAGAUCUUGUUUCUGCACCAAGCAGAUCUGAAGUUGCGGUAUUGUUCCCCAGUCUCCCACUGUCCUGGGAGGACAUCCAGCCCAAACACUCUGGUUCUCUGGAUCCGAAGACGGACCAGUCCCAGGAUCUGUGCCGUCCCACUCAUGCCGGUCUUGGUGGGAUAGGAGUUUGCAAGACAUCUGUGAUGCCCUCAGAUCUGAGCAAAGGUGAAGAACAUGAAAGGGUUCCUGGGGACACAGGAUUCCUAAAGAUCACCACCGUGAAUUGUAAGGGCAAAUUCGUUCGAAUCCUCAACACCUCAUUGGACCAAGACGUGGACCUGAGUGGCUUCAUCAUCCAGCAGUGGAUUGGAGGGUACCCGGUGUCCAUCUACCGCUUCCCCCCAGACACCAUGCUGCCCACACUGCAUCACGUCACGGUCUGGGCUGCAGGAGCUGAUUGCACCCAUAAAAAACCCGCAGACGUGACACUGAGGACCCAGCAGUAUUUCAGAACGGGCCCAGAAUGCACCACAGUCCUCAGCAAUGCAAAGGGACAGACUCUGUCCAGGUACACAGCCCCUCACAGACUCACAGCGGCCGCAGACGCCUACACGGAUAACAUGGACCUUUCGGUGGACAAGUUCCCACUCGCUGGAGAAGGGGAGGAAGCAGAAGAACCUCAGCCCCAGAAGGAUCAGCACUGGGUCCCUGCGGUGCCACGCAGAGGGAGCACAGGCAGGCCACCGGCUAUCCUGCAGAAGGCAAGGGACAGGAAGCACUUUCCUGUUGGCUCUUCAAACAGCAACAGUCGGGGAGACCCUUCAAAGGGCGGCAAGAGGAAAAUCCAGCCUGCACCCAGAGAGACAGUUCACAAGACUGUCUCCUUCUCAGCCCAGAAUUUACCUGCCAUAUCAGUGGCAGUCAAGGAGAAACGCUCUUCAUCCAGCGAGGAGGAGGAGGAGGAAGAGGAGGAUUUUGCUCCUCAUGGAAGGCAGCCCCCAACUGCAGAGCCAAAACCCAGAGUCUUCAAGACAGCUCUGGAUACAACAAUUCCUACGGUGGCGCUGAUAGGACAGAAGAGUGCUCGAUCUAAAUACGGCUUCAAGCACAUGGCUUACCUACCUACCACUACUGACAUGCAGCUUAGGAGAUACUGUCCUGCUAGAUGA